AUGACGUACAGUGUUACAGUAUGUGGAUUGUGUGAUACAGUAUUAAGGUAUAAGGAUAGUAUUAUCAGUGGUGAAUCAAGCAACAGUAAAAGAUUUUCAAUCAAAAGGCCACUUUCGUUCAUUUCAAAUUUGAGGAAUGCUCAAGUAGAUUGCAUUAAUGAUGAAAAUAUGCCUAAUGAAGAAAGGAUUGUGUGUCAUUUUGAACUAAGCUCAAAAGUAAGCAGUGUAAUGGAACGUGAAAGUACAGCACCAUGUGUAUCACCGGAACUUUCGGAUCCGGAUGCAGAGCAACAACAACCACCAUUUAAUGCUACUACUCAUCAUAUUCCAUUUAUUGAUAUUGAUAGUUUGACAUCAUUAGUUGGACAUGAUGACGUAUAUGAGAUACCACCACGAAUUGAG